AUUGUGAUGUUUAGACUGAGUAUGCUUAUCAGCUGUAUUUUCAUGACAAACACUGCGAUGGAAGAGAAAAAUCUAGCCGCCAACUUCGUAGACUCCAACUCGGAUUUGCCGGAUUUCGACAAAUAUGCCGUCACCUGCUACAUUUGCGUUAAUGUAUCCGACAAUCUAGUCUGUAAUCAAUACGCCAUAGAUAGACCGUGUAAGCCCGGGGAAACGUUUUGUCACACGUUGCACAUAAUGGAUUCAAAGGGUACGAGCGUGCUGGUGAACAAAAAGUGUACGACCGACAAGGAAUGCCAAAGAAAUAAAGUGGGAUGUGUGGAAAUCGACGCUCAAACGAUGUGCGUGUCCUGCUGCGACCAAAAUUACUGCAAUGUCAACGUUCCAACGAAUUCAUCGACAGACAUGUUUGAUGACAAAAUAUCAAAAAUGAGAAUGUUGGCAAAAAAUCUUUUUCGAGAAAGAGAAAAAGCCCUGACCACAACAAUCAAAGACUCUAGCGGUGCCAAAAUUAGUGCGUGGCAGAAAUACAUAUUUUUUGUUUAUUUCUUAGUGGUUUUAUUGUUAAUGGGAGAUAUUUAAAGCUUGAUUGUAUGUGUUGCUUUAAUGUGGAAUAGUUAUUAACUGGUUCAUUACAUGACCUGAAUAUUCACUCCAAAAAAUAUUGAAGGUUAUCCAAAAUUCAAACAAUAGAAGUAGGAGGAAUGCUAUCGCUGAAUAUUCAACUACAUAAAAUCUGAAUAUAAUACGUAUUCCAAAUACAAUUGAAGAACCAUUCAGAUUAUGUACAUAACGAAAAAACUAUCCACUGAGGCAUGUGUAAAUAUAUUUGCUUACUACAGCUGUACAACAUUCGACUGUUUCUCUGUGAAACUUUAUACAAAUGACUAAAAUUUGUGAACACUGUUUAUUGAAACGUAC